CAGGCCGGGCUCUCCGGAAGCGGCUCCCCGGAAGGGGCAUGUCCGCUCUUCCUGGUCCUGCCUGAACGCGGCGUGCUGACCCGCCGGCACCAUGCAGUCGGACGAUGUUAUCUGGAAUACACUAGGAAACAGACAAUUUUGCUCUUUCAAAAUAAGAACCAAGACUCAGGGCUUUUGCAGAAAUGAGUACAGUCUGACAGGGCUGUGCAAUCGGUCUUCGUGUCCUCUGGCAAACAGUCAGUAUGCGACCAUUAAAGAAGAGAAAGGACAGUGCUACCUGUAUAUGAAGGUUAUAGAACGAGCAGCUUUCCCUCGGCGUCUCUGGGAACGGGUCCGACUUAGUAAAAACUACGAGAAAGCACUGGAACAGAUAGAUGAAAAUUUAAUUUAUUGGCCCCGCUUCAUCCGACACAAAUGCAAGCAGAGGUUUACCAAGAUAACCCAGUACCUGAUUCGAAUUAGAAAACUUACCCUGAAACGACGGAAGAAACUUGUUCCUUUGAGUAAGAAGGUUGAACGAAGGGAAAAAAGAAGAGAGGAAAAAGCAUUAAUAGCUGCCCAGCUGGACAAUGCCAUUGAGAAGGAAUUACUGGAAAGACUGAAACAAGAUACGUAUGGCGACAUCUACAACUUCCCCAUCCAUGCCUUCGACAAGGCCCUAGAGAAACAGGAAGCAGAGAGUGACUCUGAAGAUGAAGAAAUGGAUGAUGAGGAAGAUGAAGAGGAUGUGGGAAAAAGAGAGUUUGUAGAAGAUGAUGAGGUAGAUGAGAGUGACCUGAGUGAUUUUGAGGAUAUGGAUAAACUGGAUGCUGGCAGCGAUGAAGAACAAGAUGAUGAAUCCUCCAGUGAAGAAGAAGAAGAAAAGGCCCAUAAGGCCAGACACAAAGGCAAAGCACCCUUGAAAGGACCUUUGCGGAAAAAACGGGCCUAUGUGGAAAUAGAGUAUGAGCAGGAGACAGAGCCCAUGACUAAAGCCAAAACCACAUGAGUUCCCUUCAUCUUUUACCCUGGAAAGUUGACACUUCCAACUGUGUCCUUUUGUGCUGUUUCAUACUGUAUUUAUAUUGUUAAUAUUUAUGUCACUUCAGUGGAGCAAAAAAUCUGGAGUGAAUGGAGAAGAGCCUUAUAUUGUAAAGAGUAUUUUUAUAACAUGUGCUGUAACAGCUUGAGCCUGAGGAGCCUAACAGAUGAGUUCCUAGAGCUAGAAUGGCAUUGUGGCUGUAAAUAUUCCUAAAUUACAAGUGCUAAUUCUCCCAUCCCAAUUUUUACUUAGAAAUGUGUUUCUUCAUCCUUUUUGGUUUUUUGAGACAGGGUUUCUCUGUGUAGCCUGGGCUGUCCUCCAACUCUCUCUUGUAGACCAGGCUGGCCUCAAACUCAGGCUGAACUCGAACUAGCCUCUGCCUCCUGAGUGCUGGGAUUAAAGACGUGUGCCACAAGUGCCUGGCUUCAGUUUUUUUGUUCAGUUUCUCUUAUAAGGACAAACUGAAGUAAACAAAAGUUCCACCUUAGAAUGUUUAAUAUAAAAAUAGACUUUUCCAUAACUCCAUCCACAUGAUCUGGUUAGUCAUCUCAAGUGUCAUUGCAGAGAACAUCUGCAGAGUUCUGCACUUUCCUGAUGCAGCUCACCACUGUGCUGUCUUCACAAGAUAGGGCAAUUUUAGCCAGAAGACCCUGAAACAUGAAACCAAACAGGCAUUAACUUUCGUAAAACCUAUAUCCCCAUUGUCUUUUCUUCACAUACUCAAAAAAUGAGCAUGCAGGGCACUGGGAGAGAGUGCCACCAUCAGAACAGGCCUUACUUAAAAACUUAAAAGUAGCCUACUGACUCUGAAGAGCCUCCUUCAUUCUAGCUAGAACAACUCAAGCUGGACCUCUGGCUGGAAAAUUGUACGAACAGUUUUAAGGGGCUGUAAUGAAAUGUUUAAAUGAACUGAAAAACAAACUAUAUUCCCUUUUGGGGCAUGAGUUUCUUCUUAUGUUCCUUUAAACUUUAGAGACUUCUAAUUGUGGUAAAAAUGGGAAAUUAGUCCUUUAAUUACAUGUAAAUAAAUGAACUUGUAGAUACCGUAAA